AUGGAUACCCUGGUGCACCUUUACUUUAACCAGUCGGAGCUCAAUGACGAGGUCAAAACACUGAUUCUAAGCUGGGUGACCUUCUUCAAGAACAACUGGAACAGCCUCUUCAACGUAGACAAAGAAAUCGUCCUCAAUUUGGAGUUCUUCCUGGACAAUAAGAAACUGAUAAAUAGAAACGCCCCUCCGAACAAUGAAGUGUAUUUACACGAGCUGAAAAAAAACCCAGAAAUCGUUUUGAAGUUCAUGAAAUUGGCUCUACACUUGCUGUUGUGUAAGAUGCUGGACAUAGAGGCGGUGAAUACGGAGGAGGUUCCUGUGGAGGUGAGUGAGGGCAUCAGGUUCGAGGCCGUGGGGAGGGAUGAUGCGUGCAGCGACAGUAGCGGGGUGGACGGCAUCGACAAUGCGAGUAACAUGCGGAAGGACAAGCCCAUAGUUGGCGCUCAGCUACGUGGCGGUCAUCUCAGCGGUGGCGACUAUUUUAUGGGCGGGGCCUACCACCUGGGUAUCCGCUCCGCGGUAAUGCGGACCGCCGGCGCCUCCCUGGGCAGCCCUUUCAUCACACGAGACGAAAUCAGCGACUUCGAAAAUGACGACUCGCUAAUCAACCAACUCAAAUGUGACCGCUACAAAGAAUCGGAAAUUUUCAAAUCGUAUUUUCUAACAAACAGAAUCACCAUCUAUAUAUACAACUGGAACAAGCUAAACAAAUUUGAGAAUCUGAAAAGCGAAAAAGUGAAUCAAUUGGUAUGCCUGCGAGGAAGUGUGUUGAGAGUAUCCCCCAUCCAGCUGCUAAUCACCAAACUGGAUUUUAUCUGCGAAAAAUGCAAAGGCAUCAUCCAGGUAGAAUUCACCGAGGGGAAAUAUGACACCCCGAAGAAAUGUCCGAACCCGAACUGUGACAGUCGCAACUUCCAUCCAAUUAGGGAGUCAGCUAAAUCGAUAGAAUAUCAAAAAAUUGUCCUCAAGGAAAAUAAAAAAAUCUUAAGUAGCAUGAAUGAAAUGGGAGAGUCCAAUGUAAAGAACCUAACAGUCACAUUGGAGGUCUCGAAAUUUUUUAUAAACUCUUGUGUUCCAGGAAACUAUGUCGAAGUGGUAGGAAUACUAAAAGUCAUCUCAUACAAUAACAACCAAUAUCUCAUUAAUGGGAAGAAUUCUAUAUAUAAUAUGUACGUAGAUUGUCUUUCUAUUUUUCCGUUGUCGUCUAAGAAGUAUCUCAAUAAUAGCUGCUUCAACUUCGACAAGGUCAAGGAGACAAAGAACAGACUUUACAAUUCGCUGCUCUGGGAGUCCUACUUUGAAAAAAUGGAGAAAAAGAUGCUCCUCUACUGUUGUGAAGAGAAAGGUGCAAAUGUGGAUAAGCUGGACGGGGCAAAAGAGGAGGAUCCGACGGCGGGAAAUCAAUCCACCUCUAUUGGGUCCGAUCCCACGGCUGGAAAUCAAUCGACCGGUACUGAUCCCUAUCCCAUUGGUAGGAAGAAGCCUCCCUCGCUUGGAGUCGCCUCAGCUGGAACCCACCUGAGAAGCUUACCCCACAAUGAGAACAACGCAGCACCCGUUUGCACUCAGGGUUAUAGGCCCCUAGAGGGGGCCCAUUAUGACGCCACUAGCGAAAUAGACAUUAAAGCCAAAACAAACGUCUCCUUUGACGCAAGCACGGUCAAUAACUCCAUUGAAAUGAAUACGUACGAGGCGCUAAUUUGUGCGGGCAUCGGUGAGAUGUUAAGCGAUGUUGUAGAUACCACUUCGGGGGACAGCCAAAACAGGGUGCCCCAAUUUCGUGACUCACUGGAAAAGACUUCCACUUCGAACAUGGUGAAAAGAGACGCCAGAGAACACCCACCACGGGCAGGUGACACAAAGGGAGACACCUCCUCAAUGUUGGAGAACCUCCACCUGGGUGACGACCAGCUGUGCAUGUAUGGGGAUUACAUCGAUGAGGAGAGCUUGGGGGUCGUGCGGAAGAGGAAAAGGGGGCAAGGCGACUACGCCGGAGAAGGGGAGACGGGAGAACUUAGCUGGCCAUCUCACCCCAGCGGAACAAACCAGGUGUGGCAGCCUUGGCAGCCUCGGCAGCCAAUUCAACCUGGGAAGCCAACUCAACCUGGACAGCUAAUCCAACAGAGACAGCCAGCCCAACAGAGGCAGCCAAUCCAACCGGGACAACCAAGACUACCUAGGCAACCACCCCACCCGGACCACCCGAACGAUGAUCACCAUUUCAACCAGACCAAUCAGUUCGAUGCGAAGGUCCUAGAAUUCAUCGAAGACAUGCACAAUUACGGAAAGAAUAAGUUCUACCUCCUUGUAGCCUCCCUCUGUCCACGCAUCAUAAUGAACAAUUAUAUCAAGGCAGGCAUGCUGCUCAGUCUCCUCGGAGGAAAAACGAUAUAUGAUGAGUACAAACAAAUAAAAAGGAGAGGAAACAUACACAUCCUACUGAUAGGAGAUCCAGGGUUAGGAAAAAGUAGAAUUCUUCAAUACGUAAGUAACAUCAUCGAAAAGAGUCUAUUCAUCUGCAGCACGUCGACCAGCAUUAACGGAUUAACUGCCUGUGCAUUUAAGGACUCCACAAACAAUGAGUAUUCUCUGGAAGGAGGUGCACUAGUCCUAUCAGACAAAGGCAUAUGCUGUAUCGAUGAGUUAGACAAAAUUUCGCUAACCGACCAGCAGUCCUUCCUUGAGUGCAUGGAAAGUCAGUGCAUUAACAUAAGCAAAGCUGGGAUCGUAUGCAAUCUGAAGACAAGGUGCUCCAUCAUUGCGGCAUCCAACCCGAAGGAAGGCAAAUACAACUACAACAAAACUAUUUUUGAAAAUAUUAAAAUCCCCUUCCCCUUGUUAUCUCGGUUCGAUUUAGUCUUCCUACUGACCGAUAAAAUGUCGGAGGAGAAAGACUAUCGGAUUUCUAAUUACCUCAUUAAUUCCAACUAUGAUGCGCAGGGGAGGGAGAAAAAAAAAAAAAGAAAAAGGGAAGGGGAAACAAACCCACGGGGGUCACAAAAGAAGGGGGCUCACAAAAAGGCUGCACAAAAAGGUGUUAACAAUGAGGAUCAUCGGGGUGAUCAUAGCAACGAUGGCAACCAUGACAGCGAUAACAGCGAUGAUAGCGAUGACAGCGAUUUCGACGAUGAGGAUAUGUUUUCCCUGAAAAAUGACCUACUGAACAAGUGUAAACAAAUCAAUGAGCGCAGUUACCUCCCCGUCGAGCUCCUUGGAGUCUUCAUAAAAUAUUGCCGAAAGUGUAUCUUUCCCACCCUAUCCGAUGAAGCUAAAAAAUACUUAAGAAAAUUUUACCUCCAUUUACGAAAUCUAUCAGCUACACAUAGUAAUAUAAGCUCGCCCAUCACCAUAAGGCAGCUGGAGUCUCUAAUUCGUCUUUGCCAAGCCAGGGCAAGAGGAGAUCUUUCCAACGUCGUAACGCUGUACCAUGCAAAGGAGGUCGUGGAGAUUUACCAGAAAACGAUUUUCUACCCUUUGUACUUGAAAACGCUCAAUUUUAGAGAAAAGACGGUCAGCCGGACGACCAGGGGGAAGUCGGCCGCUGCCAUCUCGAACGUAUUCAAGGAGGGCAUCAUUCAGCUGGUGAAACAGCGCGAAAAUAAAAUUUUCAACAAGGAUCUGCGUAACCUAGCCAAGUCGGUCAUCCUCUCAGCGGAGUCGUGCAUCUCGGACGAAGCGUUAAUUCACUACUUGAACAAUGAGGGAUUUAUCUUGUACAAGGGUGGCUACUGGCAGGUGGAUCCAUUUUACCUGCGGUAG